AUGGGGUGCUCCAUGAGAGUGUGCAGUGUCUUAUUUUUUGUAGUGUUGCUGAUGGCAUGUGCUAGAGGGGAGGACCCUUAUAGGUUCUAUACUUGGAAUGUCACAUAUGGAGACAUUUAUCCUCUUGGUGUUAAACAACAGGGGAUUUUGAUUAACUGGCAAUUUCCAGGGCCAAAAAUUGAGGCCGUGACCAAUGAUAACUUGAUUAUCAAUGUUUUCAAUAGCUUGGAUGAACCUUUCCUCUUAUCUUGGAAUGGAGUGCUGCAGAGGAGAAACUCAUGGCAGGAUGGAGUGUAUGGUACCAAUUGUCCAAUUCCACCAGGACAGAACUUCACUUAUGUUCUUCAAGUUAAGGAUCAAAUUGGCAGCUACUUCUACUACCCUUCCCUUGCAUUCCACAAGGCAGCAGGAGGCUACGGUGGAUUCCAAAUUGCGAGCCGCCCAGGAAUUCCGGUGCCAUUCCCUCCUCCGGCAGGUGAUUUCACCAUAUUGGCAGGAGACUGGUACAAGAGAAAUCACACAGAUUUGAGGGCAAUUUUAGAUGGUGGAAGUGACCUUCCUUUCCCUGAUGGACUUAUCAUCAAUGGACGUGGUUCCAAUGCCUACACAUUCACAGUUGAUCAAGGGAAGACAUACAGAUUCAGGAUUUCAAAUGUGGGUCUCACAACUUCAAUCAAUUUCAGAAUCCAAGGGCAUAAAAUGACAAUUGUUGAGGUGGAAGGGACCCACACUCUCCAAAACAUUUAUGACUCACUUGACGUUCAUCUGGGCCAGACUUACUCUGUGUUGGUUACAGCUGAUCAACCACCCCAAGACUACCUCAUUGUUGUCACAACACGAUUUACCUCUCAAGUGUUGAAUGCUACCUCCAUUUUUCGUUACAGUAACUCUGGAGGGAGUGUUACUGGUCUUUUUCCUUGGGGGCCAACUAUUCAAGUUGAUUGGUCUUUAAACCAAGCUCGCUCUCUUAGGAGGAAUUUAACAGCAAGUGGGCCAAGACCUAAUCCACAAGGAUCUUACCAUUAUGGUUUGAUAAACACAACUAGAACAAUUAGACUUCAAAAUUCUGGUCCAGUUAUCAAUGGCAAACAGAGAUAUGCUGUCAAUAGUGUCUCCUUCAUACCUGCUGAUACACCACUAAAACUGGCUGAUUACUACAAGAUCCAAGGGGUGUUCUCUCUUGGAAGUAUCCCUGACAAUCCUACUGGUGGUGGUGGUUACCUUCAAACUUCUGUCAUGGAAGCCGAUUUCCGAGCCUUUCUGGAGGUUGUGUUUGAGAAUACUGAAGACACUGUGGAAUCUUGGCACAUUGACGGCCACAGCUUCUUUGUAGUAGGAAUGGAUGGAGGACAAUGGUCACAAGCAAGCAGGCUUAGUUACAAUUUAAGAGAUACAGUUUCUCGUUCCACAGUUCAGGUUUAUCCCAAGUCAUGGACUGCACUUUACAUGCCCUUGGACAAUGUGGGAAUGUGGAAUGUAAGGUCUGAGAAUUGGGCUCAUCAGUAUUUGGGCCAGCAAUUUUAUCUUAGGGUGUAUUCCCCUGCAAAUUCAUGGAGAGAUGAGUACCCAAUUCCAAGUAAUGCUCUGAGGUGCGGCAAGGCUGUGGGUCAUUACUAA